GGUAGUCACGGUCGAAACGAAGCAGACGAGGUGUGUAUAGUCUUCGUCAGUCAUCCCCUCGCACUGUCGUUGCCGAUCUCCUUACUCACUUCAUGUUUUAGACCAGGAAAUACAUAUAUCAACUGAAUCUUUCGAUCUGUUUUGAUUGCGUAAUUAGAUUUUGAUUUAGGGCUCGAUGUUCUUCAUCCAUCACUUGAUCCGUUCCCUCCCUCUGAUUUCCCUUCUGCUGCUGCUGUUAAUAGCAGGCAAAGCAUAUGGAUCUCCGGUCGGGAACAGUAAAACUGGGCGAUCAUCAGUAUUUUCAUUGUUUAAUCUCAAAGAGAGGAGUAAGUUCUGGAGUGAAUCUGUCAUACGAAGUGAUUUCGAUGAUUUGAAGACUACUCCUGUUGAAAAAUCAAAUGUUCAUAAUUACACCAAGGCAGGGAAUAUUGCCAAUUAUUUACAGAUUUUAGAAGUUGAACAUUUGUAUCUUCCAAUUCCUGUGAAUUUCAUCUUUAUAGGAUUUGAAGGGAGUGGAAACCAAGUCUUUAAGCUACAUGCUGACGAACUUGAGCGCUGGUUCACAAAAAUUGACCAUAUAUUCGAACACACUAGGAUUCCACAAACAGGAGAAGUUCUUGCUCCAUUCUACAAAAAUGGGGCAGAUAGAAAUCACCAUCAUCAUCUUCCUGUUGUCAGUCACCUAAAUUACAACUUCUCUGUUCAUGCUAUCCAGAUGAGUGAGAAAGUCAAUUCCAUUUUUGAGCAUGCUAUUGGUGUCCUCUCUCGUAAAGAUGAUGUUAAUCAUACCAGGGAUGACCGUCUUUGGCAAGUGGAUGUAGACAUGAUGGAUGUUCUCUUCACCAGCCUGGUGGAAUAUCUUGACCUGGAAAAUGCAUAUAAUAUUUUCAUAUUGAAUCCUAAACGUGAUGCAAGGAGAGGUAAAUAUGGCUAUAGGAGGGGAUUGUCAGAGAGUGAAAUAAAUUUACUUAAGGAGGAUAAGAGCUUACAAGACAAAAUUCUUCGGUCAGGAAGUAUCACAGAAAAUCCUCUUGCUAUGGACAAAAUCAAGAGACCUUUGUACGAAAAGCAUCCAAUGGCAAAGUUUUCCUGGACAAUAACAGAAGAAACCGACACGAUAGAGUGGUAUAAUAGUUGCCUAAAUGCUUUGAACAAUGUUGAGAGGAUUUACCAAGAGAAAGACGUGGCUGAUAUUAUUCAAUCAAAAGUUAUCCAGUUGUUGAAUGGAAAAAAUGAGGACAUGAAGCUUCAAUUGGCAAAGGAUUUGAAAUCUGGUGAUUUGAGUGGUCUCCAUCCAGAAUGUCUUACAGAUACAUGGAUUGGAAAAGACAGGUGGGCGUUUAUUGAUUUAAGUGCAGGUCCUUUCUCUUGGGGACCUGCUGUUGGUGGAGAAGGCGUGCGUACAGAACUGAGCUUGCCGAAUGUGGAAAAAACAAUAGGUGCAGUUGCAGAAAUUUCGGAAGAAGAGGCUGAAGAUCACUUGCAAGAUGCGAUCCAGGAGAAGUUUGCUGCAUUUGGAGAUAAAGAGCAUCAAGCCAUUGAUAUCCUUCUAGCAGAGAUAGAUAUAUAUGAGCUAUUUGCUUUCAAACAUUGUUGGGGAAGAAGGGUGAAGCUUGCUCUUUGUGAAGAGCUUGAUGAGAGAAUGCGAGACUUAAAAACCGAGCUCCAGUCUUUUGAAAGUGACGAGUCUGUUGAAAGCCAUAAACAAAAGGCUAUAGAUGCUUUAAAAAGGAUGGAGAGCUGGAAUUUGUUCAGUGAUAAUACUUAUGAGGAAUUCCACAACUACACUGUUGCACGUGAUACUUUCCUUGCACAUAUGGGCGCCACGUUAUGGGGCUCUAUGAGGCACAUUAUAUCACCUUCCAUUGCUGAUGGGGCUUUCCAUCAUUAUGAUAAAAUAUCCUUCCAGUUGUUUUUCAUCACACAGGAGAAAGUCAGACAUAUUAAGUAUUUGCCUGUGGAUAUCAAUGCUAUCAUGGAUGGGCUUUCCUCUUUACUUUUACCUUCUCAGAAACCUAUGUUCAGUCAGCACAUGUUACCACUUUCAGAGGAUCCUGCCUUGGCAAUGGCCUUUUCCGUAGCUCGAAGAGCUGCCGCCGUACCUAUGCUGCUUGUGAAUGGAACAUUUAGGAGAAAUGUCCGUUCAUAUCUUGAUUCUUCAAUUCUACAGCAUCAGUUGCAGAGACUGGGUGAUCAUGGUUCUCUUAAAGGAUCGCAUGCUCAUAGUAGGUCCACAUUAGAAGUUCCAGUUUUCUGGUUUAUUCACGGUGAACCAUUGUUAGUGGACAAACAUUAUCAGGCGAAGGCACUUUCUGAUAUGGUUAUCGUUGUCCAAUCUGAGUCAUCAUCGUGGGAAAGCCAUCUACAGUGCAAUGGGCAAUCUCUGUUGUGGAACUUGAGGAGGCCCAUAAAAGCUGCAUUGGCUGCUGUAUCUGAACAUCUUGCUGGGUUGCUUCCCCUUCAUUUUGUUUACAGUCAAGCUCAUGAAUCCGCAAUUGAGGACUGGGCAUGGUCAGUUGGAUGCAACCCAUUGUCUGUCACUUCUCAAGGGUGGCAUAUCUCACAGUUUCAGUCGGAUACAAUUGCUCGGAGCUAUAUGCUAACAACUCUUGAGGAGUCUAUACAGAAUGUUAACUCAGCAAUCCACCGUUUGCUGAUGGAACGUACAUCUGAACAAAGUUUUAAGGUCUUUCAGGCGCAUGAGCGGCAGUUGGUGGACAAGUAUAACUAUGUUGUUAGCCGUUGGAAAAGAAUCUCGACAGUUGCUGGAGAGCUACGCUAUGUGGAUGCAUUGAGACUUUUAAAUAAUCUGGAAGAUGCUUCCAAAGGGUUCGUAGAUUAUGUGAACGUUACGGUGAGCAGCCUGCACCAGAUUCACUGCACCAAGCAAAGAAAGGUGAAGGUUGAGUUGGACCUAACCACCAUUCCGGCAUUCUCGGUGGUGUUGUUUGUUCUAUGGUUGGUGUUAAAGCCAAGACGACCCAAGGCUAAGAUUAACUGAGUUUUAUCAGGUUACCGGAUUUCAUUACUGAGAACAUUCAUAAGAGAAAUAGGUGGAGAAGUAGACAACUCUAGAUCAUAAUUUUGUUACUAAAAUCAAUUCAAGGAAUUUUUGUUUUUGGUUAUGUUUAGCAUUCUCCCAUACUUUAUACCAAUUACUUACCAGAAAACUGUGUCUCCAUUUCUUUAAAUAUAUUUGCAAGGCUUUUUCC